AAAAAUAUCAUAAAUUAAUUAAUAACUAAAAGAAAUUUCCAUUCCACUUCUCUUUAUUACUCAGUUUGAUACCUUCCCCCAUGGAUGCUCCAAGCUAAGCAAGACUCUCUCUCUCUCUCUCUCUCUAUCUCUCUCUCUAAGAUCUUGACAGUGAAAGGGAAAAAAUAAAGAAGCUACGCAGAGAGAGCGACUCCAUUGUGAAUCAGGAGGCGGUCUUUGUGGUGGUUUUCUACACGGCCAUUUUCUUUGACUUUUCAUUCCAUUUUCCCAUUCCCUUUCAAGUUUUAAUCUUUCAAUCUUCCACUGUUGAAUGUCAUCAUUUCAAGUUUUUUUUGGAGAUCCCAAACAUCUCUGAAACCAGAAAUCUUCUAUCUUGUCUUUUGCUCCUCCUUGUUUCAGCUCUCCACCAAAUUAUUCUCUCUUUUCUUCAAUUUCUGCUUUCUGGGUUCUUUGAUUCAGCUCGGAUUCUUGAUUAUUUAAUACCCAAUUUGGCAGUUUCGGUUUCUUUACGUAGUUUAAUGGAUCUGUCCCUGCAGUUUUUGUUGUUAUUUAUGAAGGUUGGAGGCAUUUCAUGAUCAUUUAAUCUAUUUUUCUGCAAAUUUUCUCUGUUUUUUCAAGAUUUUUUUUACAUGGGUUGUGCAAGCUCAAAGCAAAAGCGUUGCCGGCACUGCCACGCACCUUAUUCUCCGAUUCCUCGGAGCUACUCAAUGCAUGUUGUUCAUCCGCCGGAGAAGAAAGGCGAUAGCUACCAUGUAGUGGCGCUCACCUCCACCACAUUAGGCUCUCUUGCGCUUGAUUCACCUGCCAAUUACAAGGACAACGUCAGUGCUGCUAUAGAUAUUUUGGCAGCGAUUGAGAAUGAUCGUGAGAAUUCGAGUGUGUGUGAUGGGCAAAGUAAGGAUUUGAAAAACAAAGAAUUUUCAGUGGGUUUAAUUGAAGCAAAGUCUUGGUCUAAUAAGAUCCAAGCAAAAAUUCCCAAAAUUGUUCCAAGAACACCGGUGAGAACGCCGCCGGGAGAGCCUGAAACGAUCAAUACUUGGGAGCUCAUGGCAGGGCUUGAAGAAGAUGAUGGCUCUGUACAUUUGCCUCACCGGUUUCGCAGCUUCUCUUUCGAUGUCUCUCGCGAUCCAAGUCCAGUUCUUGAUAGCCCGAGAAUUAGUGGAACCAAAUUCUCACCGAAUAAACCUCAGACUGAUCCGAAACCUCUGUGGCUGCAAUUAGCCGAUGAAGAAGCAAACUCCAAGUUUCCACAACUCGACUCUCAAAUCUUCUGCUCUCCCAGAAAAUCUCUCCAGGAUCUCUCUCCCACCCAUCCAUUUUACCUCAAGCCAUCAGACGGCGAGAAACAACAAUCACCUCCUCCUUCUCAUCCCACCGCCGGCAACGAUCCCAUUAAAGAAUUCUCUAAAAGUGGUAAAGAGAAGGUGGUGGUAUACUUCACAAGCCUACGAGGGGUAAGAAAAACAUACGAAGAUUGCUGCCAUGUGAGGGUGAUCUUAAAAACCUUAGGUGUUCGAAUUGAUGAGCGAGACGUAUCAAUGCAUUCAGGAUUCAAGGAGGAACUGAGAGAACUAUUGGGAGAAGGGUAUAGCGGAGGACUACCGAAGGUGUUCAUCGGAAGAAAAUUCAUCGGCGGAGCAGAGGAGAUAAGGCGAAUGCACGAAGAAGGAGAGCUAGAGAAAGCGGUUGAAGAAUGUGAAAUGGUGGAGGACGAUGGUGGGAAUUGUAAUGGAGCUUGUGAGGCUUGUGGGGAUAUCAGGUUUGUGCCAUGUGAGACAUGUUCAGGAAGCUGCAAGAUAUACUAUGAACGCGAGGAAGAAGAAGAAGAAGAAGAAGAAGACGACGGCGAUGAAGGUGAGUAUGGGUUUCAGCGUUGCCCAGAUUGUAAUGAAAAUGGUCUAAUACGUUGCCCAAUUUGUUGUUACUAAUCAGUUUCCACUUUCCAUUGCCGGAAAAAAAACCAGAUUUUUCUUUCUUUUUUUUUCUACAAUUUGUGUUUUUUUCUAAAAAAAUUUUCUAUUUUGGGAUUUGUUUUUGAGUUGUUUGUUGUACAGUGAGGAAUUAAGGGUAUGUAUGAAAAGAAAAAAUUGUAAUAGGGAAUAAUGUGAUCCAAGCAAAGUCUUGUUGCUUAAUUUCCUACUCAUUUGUCUUAAUGGCUGUAUACUUGCUCUGUACUUCAGAGAUCAACAAGAAGAAGAAAAGUUUUCCUAUUUUUA